AUGGUGAAUGGGAGUCCGACAGACGAGUUCCCGUUUCGAAGGGGAUUGCGGCAAGGUGACCCUCUGUCACCGUUUCUCUUUUUGUUGGCUGCAGAGGGCCUCAAUGUUCUGAUGAAAUCUUUGGUUCAGGCUCAAUUGUUCAUUGGGUAUAGCUUUGGGGUGGUUAAUCCGGUUGUGGUAUCACAUCUUCAAUUUGCUGAAGACACUUUGUUGCUGGGAACUAAAAAUUGGGCAAACGUCCGUGCUCUUAGGGCUGCACUUGUUAUUUUUGAGGCUAUGUCCGGUUUGAAGGUGAAUUUUCAUAAGAGUAGCUUGGUUGGUGUGAAUAUCGCUCCCUCUUGGUUAAGUGAGGCGGCGUCUGUUUUAGGAUGCAAAGUGGACAAGGUGCCGUUUUUGUACUUAGGUAUGCCUAUCGAGGGAAAUUCUCGGCGUUUGAGUUUUUGGGAACCUAUUGUGAAUCGCAUAAAAGCUAGGGAGUUUGGAGGUUUGGGGGUGAGACGGUUGAAAGAAUUUAAUUUGGCUUUGUUAGGUAAGUGGUGUUGGAGGAUGCUAGUUGAUAGGAGUGGCUUUUGGUAUCGAGUCUUAGUCGCCCGUUAUGGCGAAGUAGGUGAGAGGUGGUUAGGAUCGGUUUCUUUUUGUGAGCAGUUUCCUAGGUUGUUCGAUCUUUCUGAGAACAAAUCCAUUACAGUGGCAGGUCUGUUAUCUCUUGGUGUUGAGCGGGGUGGGGAGGCGUGGAAGUGGAGGAGGAGGUGGGUGUGGUUGCCAGACCCUGUUGAGGGUUACACUGUUCGUGGUUCAUAUCGCUUGCUGACUACAAAGGACGUUCCUCUUAGGGAUCCUGCAACAUCUUUGAUUUGGCAUAACCAGGUGUUGUUGAAGGUUUCUUUAUUUGCUUGGAGGUUGCUUCAUGAUAGAUUGCCUACUAAAGUUAAUUUGGUUCAAAGAAGGGUGCUUGAUACAGAAGCUUCUAUGUGUGUUUCAGAUUGUGGCAUGAGUGAAACGGCGCAACAUUUGUUUCUAACUUGUGAUGCUUUUUCAUCUUUAUGGCCUCUGGUGCGCCAUUGGCUGGGUAUCAUAGGUGUUGAUACCAAUGUUCUUCUAGACCAUUUUUUUCAGUUUGUGAACUUGACAGGUGGAGGCAAAGCUACUAGAGACUUUCUUCAGCUUAUUUGGCUCUUGUGCGUUUGGGUUUUAUGGAACGAACGUAAUAAUAGGCUUUUCAAUAAUGUUGUAACUUCUAUUCCCAGAUUAGUAGCUCUUUUGACACACCUUGUACUACAGGAGCUGCUUUUGGUGGUUAGAAGAAUUGGUGUCAUAGAUUAG